AUGCCUUCACCACCGUCCACCCCGCGUAUACGCAAUACACCACCACCCUUUCCCCCAGCACCCAAGCUAGCACGAGCCAAAUUAAAAUCCUCAUCGUUGGAUCAUGAAAUCUUCCUGACCACAACUCACAGUCGACCCAAACAUCAUCGACCGUUACAGACCAGCACCUCCGUGGAAUGGCAUCAUCAACAUCAAUCAGCUUUAACUAUACCGCGAACGGGUUCAACAUCAUCGCUGGCCAGCAGUACAUUCCAAUAUCCAUUGGCGGGCGGUAGUAAUUAUCAUGAUUUUAAAAAUGAAAUUAUCAAUCAGGGAAAAUGUCUUUGUGGUCAAUACAUAAGAGCCCGCCUACGAAGAGCUGGCGUUUUAAAUCGUAAAGUCCUACAAAGAAUGCGUAGCUUAUUAGAACCAUCAUCAGAAGUUGUUUAUGAAGUCUUUCCGGCAUUAAAUAGUAUGGGCGAAGAACUUGAACGCAUGCAUCCACGUAUCUAUACAAAUGUUUCACGGCAACUUUCCCGCGCACCCUACGGCGAACUGGUCGACAGUGAUACAGCGCCCAUGCUAAUGAAUCUAGUGGCGAAGCAACUAUUCUCACGUAGCACCGCCGAAAAGGAACGCAUUACAUGGGCCAAAAUAAUUUCUGUGUUUGCGGUGUGUGGCGGCUUUGCCAUCGAUUGUGUACGUCAAGGUCACUACGAUUAUUUGCAGUGUUUGGUCGAUGGUGUGGGAGAAAUUAUCGAAGAUGAUCUAGUCCAUUGGUUGGUGGAACGUGGCGGUUGGAUGGGUCUGCAACAGCACAUAAAACCCAAAGGUUCCCAAACAUUUUCGUUUUUAGAUUGGUUAACACUUUUCGUGGCGAUCUCUUCAAGUUUUUAUGCCGUAGCAAAUUUCCUUAAACAAAUAGGUUGUCAAUUGUAUUCGUUAAUAUUUUGA